AUGCGAAUAAAAAAGGGAUAUAGAGAUGAUUACCUCAAGAUCGGUGUCCCUUUAUACGAAGCUUCGGUUAAGUGUGACUGGAAAGUUGCUAAAUCUAUUUUUGAGAAGAGACCCGAGCUUGUAAGGUAUAGCAUCACUGAAAAUGGGGAAACUGCACUUCAUGUUGCUGCAUCUGCAAAAGGUCCUACACGUAUGGAAGAGUUUGUGAAAAAUCUGGUGGGUUUGAUGAACCCAGAAGACUUGACUCUUGAAAAUGAAAAUUUCAACACUGCCCUGUAUUUGGCAGCAGCCGCUGGAAACCUUGAAACGGUUAAGAUUAUGAUAGAAAAAAACAGGGACUUGCUGACAAUCCCUGGUGCUGGACGACAAAUGUUGCCACUCUAUGCGGCUGCCCUGUUUGGAAACUAUGAAGUGGUCAAGUAUCUUUUCUUAAUGUCCAAUAACUUGGGUGAUGAAGAGGGUUGGACGUCUCAGAAUCGUGGUUGGCUUGUUGACAAGUGUGUCGAGAAUGACAUGUUUGAUAUUGCAUUACAGAUAGUGGAACGUUAUCCAGAAAUUGGUAGGCGGGGAAACCUGCUUCUUAUUUUGGCCGGAAAGCCUGAAGCAUUUCCUGAAACAAAAUCUAAUAACUUUGGGAGAACCACAAAGCCAGGUAAAAUCAGUAGUCUACAUUCAGUUUUGACAUUCAUCCGUUCAAAGCUGCCGGGAAAAUGUGAAAAGGAAAAGAAUGCAUUACCAUUAUUAAAAGCCGUAUGGAAUGAGAUUGUAAAACUUCCCAAGAAAGAUAUUGAUAGAAUACUCAGAGGGCCACCAGACUCCCUUAAGCAAGACAAGUCGGCUUCGGGAAGGGCUAUUCAAGCUAUUCAACUACAAAAUCUCAUUUCUAAACAUGUUGCUGAAAUGCUUGCUAUUUCCACAAAUCCACUCAGAGUGUUGUCGGCUUCGAUAAAGCAAGAUACCAAGCCAGGUUCUGGAAAGGAGAUUGAUCAAUCUCUGGAACUACAAAAUCUCAUUUCUGCACAACUUGUAAGCUUACAUGUUCAAACCCAGAACAUAAUCAAAGAGACCCCAGAUUCGUUAUCCCCGGAACUAGAAAAGCUCAUUUUCGAACAUAUUGUUAAACUAAAUGAGAACACCCGGAACAUUAUCAAGACAACUGCGAAGAAAAAUCAAGUUCAAAUUAUACAAAAAGCCAUUUACAAACAUGCUUACGAAAUGGAUAAAGAAAAAAAGAGAAUAAUCAACAAGGAUGCAUACUCUAAUCGGGUAUUGUUUAUUGCUGCAGAAACAGGCAAUACCAACUUCUUAGUUGAGCUUAUCCGUCUAUAUCCUGAUCUUAUAUGGAAGGUAAAUGAUGACGGCUUAAGUAUAUUUCACAUUGCUGUCAAACAUCGUCAUGAGGGUAUAUACAACCUGUUGUACGAGAUAGGCUCAAUGAAAGACAUGAUAACUCCUCUCAAAGAUCCAAAUGAUAACAAUAUGUUGCACUUGGUUGGGAUGAGUGCGAAAAGAAAACAAGUUGAGGAUGUUCCAGGAGUUGCUUUACAGAUGCAAAGAGAGUUAUUAUGGUUUCAGGAAGUAUGGAAUAUGGUUCCUCCUUCUCAUAGAGAACGAAAGAACAAAGAUGGUCUAACACCACAUGAGUUAUUCACAAAGGAACACCAAGAAAUGGUCAGUGAAGGUGAGAAAUGGAUGAAAAAAAUAGCUGCUCAAUGUAUAGUGGUGGCAGCACUUAUUGCUACCAUGGUAUUCACUGCAGCUUUUACAGUUCCAGGGGGAUUUGACCAGAUGAAUGGUAUCCCUGUCUUCCAUUCGAAAGUAAGCUUUCAGAUCUUCGUUGUGACAGAUGCCAUUUCUUUGCUCUUGUCAACAGCUUCAAUUCUCCACAUGUUCUUAUCUAUCUUCACAUCUCAUUAUGAUGAAGGUGAUUUCUUGGUAUCAUUACCCAAAAAGUUGACGGUAGGUCUAACAUAUCUUUUCAUCUCUAUAGCAUCCAUGUUGGUCGCUUUUUGUACUGGCUUUUUCGUACUUUACCAGAAGGGUUUGCUUUGGAUGCCGAUCCUUAUCAGUUCUUUCGCUUUAUUGUCAUUCUUCCUAAGUGUUAAGAUGCACUUAUUUGCGUUUUUUAAAGUAUUUUUCUCGACAUUUAAUUCCAUACUUCUCUUUAAACCCAAGAAAAGUGUUCUAUACUAUGAAAAUCCCAAGGUCUAA